AUGCAUAAGUUGAUUUUUUCUUAGUUCAAAAAAAAAAGUUCAUAUUUUCUUAAUUGCACAGUCUCAAAAGCCAUCACCGAAUCAUAACCGUCCAUUCUUUAAGAUAUCAAUCACCUCUCAUCGAAACGGUGCAUGAGCUAUAGAACCUUGCACAGAUCAACGGUUAGAAACAGAUCCUCGUUAGGUUUCAUUCUGUCGGUUCCGUGUUUUUCUGAUUGAAACCCAUCUUCAAUUCACGCAUCUUGUUCAACUGGAUCGAUUCCAGAACCUUCCGAGUUUGAAUUCGAGAGUGAUUUUGUUUCUUAGUCUAUGAUUUUGUUGUUUUUGUAGUUUUUGAAGCUAUGGAGGCUUAUAAGAGAUGGGUGAGACAGAACAAAGAGUACGUGCACUCUUUAGAAUCUUUGGCCAAUGGGUUGACAUGGCUUCUUCCUGAACGGUUUUCUGAAUCAGAGAUUGGACCAGAAGCAGUGACAACCGGUCUGGGAAUCAUCACAGCUAUCAAUGAACAUAUAAUUGAUAGUGCUCCUAACCAAAAUAUUACAGGCUCUGUUGAGCCUAAUUCAUUCCCUUAUCCAUUAUGCUUAUCUGCAUUAAAGGAUUUGGAAACAUUAGUUGAAGUCGUGGCACAACAUUACUAUGGUGAUGAUAAGAAAUGGAAUUUCCUUGCUGUUACCGAAGCAACCAAGGUGCUGGUUCGGUUAUCUUUGUUCCGAAAGAGUGGAUAUAAAAUGGUGUUACAUGGAGGGGAGACAUCUAAUGAUGAUUCUACUUCACAACAUCAAAUGGCCGAAAACCCAAAAGGGCGUUACAAUCCUGGAACAAACCCGUGGAAUCUGGAAGGAAGAGCACUGUCUGCUUUAAGUCAAUUUGGAGAAAAAGCGAGGAUGGUGUCAGAUCCAGUGUUUCGUAGGGUUCAACAUCAACAAGCAAUUGUGGAACCCGCUGCUUCAAGGGUAGUGAAACCUACACUUUCCACCAUAUUAUCGAAAAAAGGGUUUCGUGGAGCUUUGUUUUUGAUUGGAGAAGUCCUAUUUAUUAUUAGACCACUUAUCUAUGUUUUAUUUAUUCGAAAAUACGGCACUCGGUCAUGGACCCCUUGGUUCCUUUCACUGGCUAUUGAUAGCAUAUCAAACAGUAUUCUCUCACUUGUUACAACGACAGUGGCGGGUGAAAAUCAGAAAAUGAUUCAUGUUUCUGCCCCAGAAAAGGAUGAGGUUAAACGACGGAAGCUGUUAUUUGUACUCUACCUAAUGAGAGAUCCAUUUUUCAGCAAAUAUACUAGACGAAAACUUGAAAGCACCGAGAAAGUUUUGGAACCUGUACCCAUCAUAGGAUUUCUUACAGCAAAAAUUGUCGAGCUUAUGAUUGGAGCUCAAACACGAUACACUUACAUGUCAGGAUCAUGAUAUACAAAAUCCAAAAGAAAGACCUCAUUGCUUUCCAAAUUGAGGGAAGAUAUUCUCACCAUCCUGCCACACUUAGUUUUGUUUCUGUUUUUUCAAAUGAUGAAGAGAUAUCACAUUUGAUACUAUUAUAUGAUAGAAAAGCAAGAAACAAACAAGUGUGGGACAAUUUUUUUGCAAGGGUAGUUCAACUAUCAACCACUGGACAUAAAUUUGGAGAUUUUGUUUCACUCCUAAACAUUAGAGUUUGGUGGGAUUACACUUAUGGUUCUGAACACCAAUUGGAAAGUUACACUGUUUAUUAAACUUAGAAAAUUAAGCUUAUCAUCCUUUGAAUUCUUGUGUGCAAAAAUGUUUGUUAAAUAUUGCUAUUUGCACCAAAAGAAGGUGAAUGAAUAAAAAACCAUCUAAAGCCUAGAUGUCUUUAUGUUUCAAGUGAUGUUGCAAAGAUUUCAAACAUUUCUGUCAAUAUCUGUGUACCAAAAUUAUGUUAGCUUUUAGUUUAUAUAAAGUAUUCACCGUCUUUGUCCGUUUUACA